GGCAAUGCUGAUGAAGGGCCAUAGCUUUGGACGGGAGAGGGAGUCGCGGAUGUCUUCCUGAGCACAAAAUCUGAUUUCUCUGAAGCAGCCAGAGGGGCUCCCUUCCUGGCACUGACCCUGCCUCCUUUCUCUCCUUUCCUCUUUCCAGGCAGCCAAGAAACACUCUUGACGCCUUCCCAACACUCCUCCAUCUGGUGAAAAGAGCUGCCAUGAAGCCAGCUCAGGGUUGCGUUUCCUUCGAAGAGGUGGCCGUGUAUUUCUCCAAGGGGGAGUGGAGCCUGCUGAGCCCGGCCCAGAGAGCCCUGUACAAGGAAGUCAUGCUGGAGAAUUUUGGGAACGUGGCAUCUCUGGGACUUGUGAUUCCCAAACCGGACCUCGUAUCCAGGUUGGAGGAAGAGGAGGAGCUGCUUAUCGGGUUCUCUGAUGAAGAAGAGGAAUUUGCAGGUAGCUGCCUAGAUGGUGUGUGGAAGUCAGCAACUGAAUAUCCAGUGAUGGAGAGAGAACACACGUAUUCAGAUGUGGAAGAGAACAUUGAAUAUUGUGAUACAUUGAGUGCGGUGGAGGGAACAAACCCACUUAACGAGAAGGAAAAUUGUGAUGUCUUCCAAGGGGACAGUUUUCAAGAAAUCCUACCCCUUCAGAAAAUAUCCAAAGGAGACAAUAGAGAAGAGCACCCUGGAAGUGCAGAAGAACUUUCUGAAACAGCAGAUACGACUAUGCGUUGGAACACCCAUAAUACAAAGAGAGCAUUUAAAUGCCUAGAAUGUGGAAAAACCUUUGGAUGGAAACAAACUCUAACUUCCCAUCAAAGAAUUCACACAGGGGAGAACCCAUAUAAAUGCCUGGAUUGUGGAAAAUGCUUCAGUCUGAGUGGACACCUAACUGUCCACCAAAGAAUUCACACAGGGGAGAAACCAUACAAAUGCCUGCAGUGUGGAAAAAACUUCAGUGAGAGUGGAAAGCUUACUACCCACCGAAGAAUUCACACAGGGGAGAAACCAUACAAAUGCCUGGAGUGUGGAAAAGGCUUCACUCAGAAUGGAAACCUUACUGCCCACCGUAGAAUUCACACAGGGGAGAAACCUUAUAAAUGCCUGGAGUGUGGAAAAUGCUUCAUUUGGAGUGGAGAACUUACUGUCCACCGAAGAAUUCACACAGGGGAGAAGCCAUAUAAGUGUCUAGAAUGUGGGAAAGGCUUUAAAUGGAACAGUAAUCUAGAUUCUCAUGUAAAAAUCCACACAGGGGAGAAACCAUACAAAUGCCUGGAGUGUGGAAAAAGCUUCAGACGGAGUGAACACCUUACUGCCCACCGAAGAAUUCAUACAGGGGAGAAACCAUACAAAUGCCUGGAGUGUGGAAAAGGCUUCACUCACAAUGGGAACCUUACUGCCCACCGAAGAAUUCAUACAGGGGAGAAACCAUAUAAAUGCCUGGAGUGUGGAAAAAGCUUCAGUGACGGUGGAAGCCUUACUACCCACCGAAGAAUUCAUACAGGGGAGAAGCCAUAUACGUGUCUAAAAUGUGGAAAGGGCUUUAAACGGAGAUAUGAACUAGCUUCCCAUGAAAGAAUCCACACAGGGGAGAAACCAUAUACAUGCCUGCAGUGUGGGAUAAGGUUCAGUCGCAGGCCAGCCCUUACUACCCAUCUAAAAAUAGUUCACAGAUGAGAGAACCAUACAAAUGCCUGGAUUGUGGGGAAAAGCUCAGUCAGAAUGCAAAACUUACUCUCCGCAGGAGAGAAAAAUAUAAAUGCCUGCAGUGUGGAAAAAGUUUCAAACACAGUACGGAUCUUUCUUACCAUCAAAGAAUCCACACAGGGUUGAAACCAUAUCAGGGCCUGGAGUGUGGGAAAAGCUUCAGAUACAGUGCAGCACUUUCUUCCCAUCAUAGAAUCCAUACAAUGGAGAAUCCAUAUAAAUGCCUUGAGUGUGAAAAGAGCUACUCUUCGAACAGCGAACUUGCUAAACAUCAGAGGAGUCACGCAGACGAGAAACCAUAUAAAUGUCUGGUGUGUGGGAGAAGCUUCAGUCAAAGUCCAGCCCUUACUGCCCAUCAAAAAAUAGUUCACAAAUCAUCUCUGCUUUCAAAUCCAUGAAAUCUUUUGGCAUUUUAUUCUCCAGCAAGUCGAAUUAACUGCAAAGAGCAUCACCCAUCUUUUGAAUCAUAUCUGGAGCUAGUGAAUGAUCCAGGGAGUAUUUUCACCAUGUACUUUGAGCCAUCGUUUAUUAAUUUAGCCAAUUAAAAUCAAAAUGUUAACAUUCAGAUUCAUAGAAGAAAAAAAUUGAAAUGCUAUUUCCUUUAAAUCUAGUACUUGGCACUAUUAGAUCAAAGUAUUAUAAUAAAAAAAAAAUUCAAGUUGAAACCUGAGACUUUUUUGUUGGGAAUGAUGGAUAGCCCAUUGGAAAGAAGUUUUGGAGCUUUGUUCUUAUAUAUGAUCACAGCAGCAAGAGUAUUGUACACACAAAAAUGGAAACCCCCAACAUUGCUCACAAUGGUGGAUAAAAGUUUUGGAGUUUGCGUCAAUGGCAAAACUUACUUCAUUUAUUAGAGAAAAAACAUCUACAUUUUAGGCUGAAUGGAGCCGUUUACAGACUUUUUACAUGAAAUUAAUAGUAAUGAUUUGAUGCUAUCUGGAUUUAUGGAUUAAGACUCAUGAACAAUAAAAAAGAGGGCUCUUAUGCUUAACAUAGAAUAAGCAAGUUUUUGAAAGUAUAUAUUUGUUGUGGAGAAAAUUGGAACUCAGUUUGUAGUUUAGUUUUUGUCCCUUUCUUUUUCUUAUCUUUCUAAACUGUACUUUUCUUUUAUUAUUAGCUGCUUGUCUUGCGUGUUAUUUUGUGUUGACCUGUAUUGUUAGUGUGAUUCUUUUUAGAUUGU